AUGAAGUCCAUCCUCGACGGCCUGGCAGAUACCACCUUCCGAACCAUCACCACGGACCUCCUGGGAAGUCCCUUCCAAGAAAAGAUGACUGCAGGGGACAGCCCUCAGCUGGUCCCAGCAGACCAGGUGAACCUCACCGAAUUUUACAACAAGUCCCUGUCCUCCUACAAGGAGAAUGAUGAGAACAUUCAGUGCGGGGAGAACUUUAUGGACAUGGAGUGCUUCAUGAUCCUGAACCCCAGCCAGCAGCUGGCCAUCGCCGUGCUGUCCCUCACGUUGGGCACCUUCACGGUCCUGGAGAACCUGCUGGUGCUGUGCGUCAUCCUCCACUCCCGCAGCCUCCGCUGCCGGCCCUCUUACCACUUCAUCGGCAGCCUGGCUGUCGCCGAUCUCCUGGGGAGCGUCAUCUUCGUCUAUAGCUUUGUCGACUUCCAUGUGUUCCACCGCAAAGACAGCCCCAACGUGUUUCUGUUCAAACUGGGUGGGGUCACGGCCUCGUUCACGGCCUCGGUGGGCAGCCUGUUCCUCACGGCCAUCGACAGGUACAUAUCGAUUCACAGGCCCCUGGCCUAUAAGAGGAUCGUCACAAGGCCCAAGGCUGUGGUGGCGUUUUGCCUAAUGUGGACCAUCGCGAUUGUGAUCGCCGUGCUGCCCCUGCUAGGCUGGAACUGCAAGAAACUGCAAUCCGUGUGCUCAGACAUUUUCCCUCUCAUCGACGAGACCUACCUGAUGUUCUGGAUCGGGGUCACCAGCGUGCUAUUGCUGUUCAUCGUGUAUGCCUACAUGUACAUCCUCUGGAAGGCACACAGCCACGCUGUCCGCAUGAUCCAGCGCGGUACCCAGAAGAGCAUCAUUAUCCACACGUCCGAGGACGGCAAGGUGCAGGUGACACGGCCCGACCAAGCCCGCAUGGACAUUCGGCUGGCCAAGACCCUGGUCCUGAUCCUGGUGGUUUUGAUCAUCUGCUGGGGCCCUCUGCUCGCGAUCAUGGUAUACGACGUCUUUGGGAAGAUGAACAAGCUCAUUAAGACGGUGUUUGCAUUCUGCAGCAUGCUCUGCCUGCUGAAUUCCACAGUGAACCCCAUCAUCUAUGCUCUGCGGAGCAAGGACUUGAGACAUGCUUUCCGGAGCAUGUUCCCCUCCUGCGAAGGCACCGCACAGCCUCUUGAUAACAGCAUGGGGGACUCGGACUGCCUGCACAAACACGCCAACAAUGCAGCCAGCGUCCACAGGGCCGCGGAGAGCUGCAUCAAGAGCACGGUCAAGAUCGCCAAGGUGACCAUGUCUGUGUCCACGGACACGUCUGCCGAGGCUUUGUGA